AUAAUUUAUCAUAAAUCUUAUCUUAAAAAAAUUAAAGAAUAUGGAAAUCAAGUAUCUGAAACAGGGCGAAAACGAUGUGCUUCAGAAACAGGAGUAAAUAGUCAAAGUAUUCUUUUUGAACUUAAAGCAACAAAGUUUUCAAGAUCUUUUCCAUUAGAUAUAAUGCAUCUUCUUUUCGAAGGAGUAUCUUCUUGGAUGUAUAAACAUUGGAAUGGAAUUUUUUUUUCAAACUCAGAACUAAAUAAUGCUAAAACUGAACAUCAUAUUAUGCCAAAAUGGAUUUGGGAAAAAAUUGGAGAAAUUAUGGAUAAAAAUAAAAAUAACAAAACAAUGCCUUCUGAAUUUG